UUGAUUAUUUGUGUUAAUUUAAGAACUUUUAAAUGUUAUCGCUUGUAGUAGUAUUUUUUAUUUAUUAGUACAGAACGAGCGAAGUGAUUAAUUAAUCUGUGACGUUUGAUGACGACGAGCGUUAUCACAACAUGUUUUGACGAACUCGUUAGUAAUGAGUGAUAAAAAUUAACAUUUCUUCAUGUGAUAAGGCACAAUCGCACACACCCUUUUUUCAAAAACUAAAAAUGUAUUUUUGGGAAAGCACAUGGAUUUUUGACAGUUCAAUGACAUGUGGCCACCUAACCUAACAUAACCUAAAAAAAAAUAAUGAAGAUUUCGUUCUUUUCACUAAUUGUAGUAAUCACAAUGGUUUGUCAUAAAUAAACACAAUGAAAAUAAUCGCUUAACGCAUUUUUUUUAAUUGCAGACAGAGUAAAAUUGCAAUUAAAGUCAUGCAUUCUCAGUCUGUGUUAAGUCAAUCAAAUUUUUUCGUGAGUUUUAUUCGUUUCGUGUGUUAAAUCUAGUCAAUUUUAGUUAUGAUGAGGAAUAGCCGGACCUUGUUAAAAUACACCAGUCGAACGCUGAACCUUUGGAGUCUUUCAAAUCCUCAAAAACUCUUCCAGAGCACUGAAGCCCAACUCAUCAGUGGCACCAAAAUCGCCGCCGACUACCGCAACGAACUCCGCGUGGACGUCGAACAAUGGGUCAAAGCCGGCCACCGCCGCCCCCACCUGGUGGCCAUCCUCGUCGGCGAAGACCCCGCCAGCCAAAAGUACGUCCACAACAAAAUGCUGGCGGCGAAGGACGUCGGCAUCGACAGCGAGACCCUCAAGCUCCCCGCCACCGCCUCCGAGAAAGAAAUCCUCGCCAAAAUCGACGAACUCAAUAAGAACCCCAACGUGGACGGCAUCCUCGUCCAACUACCGGUGCCCCAGCACGUCAACGAGCGCAACGUGUGCAACGCCGUUGACCCCCGCAAGGACGUGGACGGCUUCCACAUCAUCAACGUGGGCAAGAUGACCCUCAACAUGGACACGUUCGUCCCGGCGACGGCGCUGGGGGUGAUCGAGCUGCUCAAGCGCAUGAACGUCGACACCAAGGGCAAGAACGUGGUGAUUUGCGGCAGGUCGAAGAACGUGGGGCUGCCGAUGGCGAUGCUGCUGCACUCGGACCACCGGAACGAGCUGCCGGGCAUGGAGGCCACGGUGGUGCUGUGCCACCGGCACACGCCGCCGGAGGAGCUGGCGUACUUCGCGAAGAGGGCGGAUAUUAUUAUUAGCGCCACGGGGGUGGUGGGGUUGAUCAAGCCGGAGAUUGUGAAGCCGGGGGCGGUGGUGAUUGAUGUGGGGAUUAAUAGGAUCACGACGAAGGAAGGGAAGACGAAGCUUGUGGGGGAUGUGGAUUUUGAGGGGGUGAGGAAGGUGGCUGGGUUUAUUACGCCGGUGCCUGGGGGUGUGGGGCCCAUGACGGUGGCGAUGUUGAUGCAUAAUACGUAUAAGGCGGCGGUGCAGCUGGCGAAGCAAGAGAUAUACUCGUAGGGGGAUUUUUAAGUAUUAUUGUAUUUUUACGAGGGCUUAGGCAGUAUUAGUAAUAAUUUGACUAUUUAUAUUUUUAAUAAAAAUUGUUUUGUUUA